GGCCCCGCUGCCCCGCGUCUAUCCGGGCGUUAGUGCGCAGGCAAUUGCGGAGCAAUAUGAGGUACAGGUACAACGCCGAUGUCGAACCGAUCACGCCAUUCUCAGAGGCAUAGAAUAUGGGCUGAACAACUGAUGGGGGAAUGGCUUGCCGAAGGCCACUGUCAACUAGGAAAGUCUGAGAGAGUCUAUUAAGAUACGAUACCCUAGCAGCGCCAUCACCAAUUCCAAGCAGUUUCAUGCGGAGGCAUGCGGCACUUGUGACCGUCAUCUGUUUCUCGUCCCCUCCAAGGUGAAGCUACUUAUCUACGUUGCCUAGGCCCGUCGCCACAAAACUCAGCAAGGUCAUAUUGAAUAUGUCCUUCACCUCGAUACCCAUCCUCGACCUAGCCUUGGCUGGGGAUCCGGCCACAAAGCAAGGGUUCCUAUCAGAGCUACGACAUGCGCUGAUGGAGGUUGGGUUCCUCUAUCUGAGAAACGUGGGCAUCUCAGACGAGUUCUUCAAGCAGGUCAUCGAGGAGGGCAAGGCUUUCUUCGACAUCCCGCCAGAGGAGAAACUCAAGAUCGAAAUGAAAAAUGCGCCCUCCUUCUUGGGGUACUCGCGCCUUUCGGCAGAAGUCACAGCCGGCGAAAUCGAUCACCGGGAGCAGAUCGAUCUGUCGACGGAGCAUCCGCUACCGGGCCCGGACGCGCCGCGGUACUAUAACCUGCUGGCGCCAAACCAGUGGCCAUCCCCGGAGACCCUACCCAACUUCCGGCCCGUCUUCACCGAAUACAUGAAGCGAAUGGGCGAGAUCUCCAUGUACUUCACCAGCUUGAUCGCCGAGGCCAUCGAGCUGCCGAGCGACGCAUUCAACAAGUAUUUCGACUCCGACCAGCAGCACAAGCUGAAGAUUGUCAAGUACCCGGACGUGGGCACGCUGGGCGCGGAGGGGAAGGGCGGCAACCAGGGCGUUGGGCCGCACAAGGACAGCAUGCUGUCUUCGUACCUCCUCCAGGCGUCGCAUCACCGCGGCCUCCAGGUCCAAAACAUGCGCGGGGAGUGGAUCGACUGCCCGCCCAUCGACGGCACGCUGGUGGUUGCCAUCGGCCAGGGCCUCGAGGCGCUCACCCAGGGCGUGUGUGUCAGCACGACGCACCGCGUGCUGUCGCCGCCCGCGGGCGCGGGGGCGCGCUUCUCGAUCCCCUUCUUCCAGGGUGUCAGCGGCGACGCAGACUUUGACGACCUCGAGAACGUCGGCGUGGGCAAGGUGCCCGAGCACGUGCGCGGGCAGAGGAGGGCAGUGUUGGAGCGGAACGGGGGCGUCAGGCUGGACGAUGUCGAGUUCACGUUUCGCAAGGGAGGCGCGGCGAGGACGCUCGGCGAGGCGACGCUGCGGAACCGGGUCAAGAGCCACCCUGAUGUCGGAGAGAGGUGGUAUCCGGAUAUCUUGGCGAGCGUGAGGGAGGAGCAGGCGAGGUUGAAGGAGAGCGGCGGGACUGGGAAAGGGGCGGCGGCGGCUGCUGCUGCUGCUGCUGCUGCUGCGGAGAUUCCUGUGGCCGGCGCGAAGCCGGUGGAGGCGCACUAGGUUUGUUUUGGGAGUGAUUUGAGGAUGACGGCUACAAUCUAGACUUAUCGAUUCGCUGGACUUCGAAGAUGUCGUAGCAUCCAGUCAAACACGCAGUCCAAACCACCCCUCGAGACCUGCAGUCGCGUAUGUUUAGACAGCGUACUGGUUCCGCAUAUCUAGCACACGAGGUUUGUCGCUCAUUCUAUCACAUGCGCAGAACCGGAAAAAAAAAUUCAUGGUUAAUCUUGCCAAAGCAAUCGUACUACAAACGCCUUCCGUUGGUACCUUCUUGUUGAUGCCUUCCUAACCUGAAGAACUCCUUGCUCGCCCCGACCCCUUUCUCGUGAAACUCGUCGUGUCUAGUCGUGGAUUUAGGUCAAUAUGGCCGGCGUCCCGCUCAUUUGGCGGCAACAGUGAUCUUGAAGUCUGGGAAGCACUGCGGAAGCGUCGCGUUGUGCUUGUUGAUGGCGUGCAGCGUAAGCCUAAAGGGAACGAGCAACAGUGAGUAC